GAAUGGAAUAUUCUGUUAGAUAGGCAGGGGGUAAUCUUGAAAGGGCAGGGCAUGGAUUCUGCCGUUGGCCUGCGAGGGAGAGCUUGGCAGCGAGCGCUGCCGGAUUGAUCUAGGGUUUGCAUUGCGAGCUCCGCGGUUCUUGACCUGGAUUGGAGCGUUCUUGGAUGGAAAUACUGGAGUGAGGUAGAGGGUUUAUUUUUGCGCGGCCUCUUCUUGCGGGAUGGUUGUGCUCGACAUCAAGCCCGGCAAUCCAGGCCCAAGAAUGAAGGGCCAGAGGGACCGAUUGCUGGUCCAGAGAUUGCGGAUUCUCUUCUCCAAUCACUCGUCCUAUCACAUCAAGCUGCUCGUCUUCGUGGUGAUUCUCCUGUCCACGGCGCUGCUGGCGAGGCGCGCGUCCACUCUGGUGGGCUGGAAGCACAGAUUGGAGGAGCCGCAGCGCGAUGAUCAAGAUCUCAGGCAGCGCUACACGGUGCUUGUCAACACCUGGAAGAGGGAGGAUCUUCUCAAGAAAUCCGUGGCGCACUACGCGUCGUGCAAGGGGGUGGACGCGUUCCGCGUCGUGUGGAGCGAGCCGGAGCCGCCCAGUGACGAGCUGCAUUUGUCGCUGCUGGAAACCAUCGCCAGGAGGCAUCGGCGCGGAUCCAGAGCUCCCGAGCUCCACUUUGAUGUCAACCUCGAGGACAAUCUCAACAACAGGUUUAAGCCCAUCACUGGCCUCAACACCGACGCCGUCUUCUCCGUGGACGACGACGUCCUCGUCUCUUGCGACACCAUGGAGCUUGCUUUCAACGUUUGGCUGAGCGCUAGAGACUCCAUGGUCGGCUUUGUUCCUCGAAUGCACUGGCUCCAAUCUAAGGGCCAAACUCCGACGUAUAGAUACGGAGGGUGGUGGUCUGUAUGGUGGACGGGAUCAUACAGCAUGGUCCUCUCCAAGAUCGCGUUUUUCCACAGCAAGUAUUUGGAGCUCUACACUUACCAGAUGCCUCAGAGCAUCCGGAGCUACGUUGCCAACGAGAGGAACUGCGAGGACAUCGCCAUGUCCUUCCUCGUAGCAAACGUCACAAAGGCUCCACCAAUCUGGGUUAAAGGCCGCGUUGUAGAAAUUGGCUCUUCUGGAAUCAGCAGCUUGACCGGUCACAGCCACCGGAGAUCCAGAUGUUUAAACCAUUUCGUGACUCUGUUUGAAGGCAUGCCGCUCGUUCCCAGCAGCGUCAAGGCCGUGAAUUCCAAGCGCGAGUGGUUCUGGUGAAGCGGAUUUCGUAUCUCUGGAUUUUGUCUUUUUUGCUGUGUACGCAGUCUUAGUUCGCCGCAGUCACCGCUAUUGUAUCAAAAUCGAUUCUUUAUUCUUGUAAAGUCGAGUUGGUUCUUAAAAGAAAAAAUGCAUUUGGAAGGGGAAA